GUUGACGUCACGCCGCUCCGGGAACAGUUUUUCCUGAUUAUUGAUCGUGUUUUUGCAUUGCUAAUUCUUCAAUUAGUGCUCAUUUUACACCUUGGGCCAAGAUGAGAAGCAAGAAUAAAUACCCGAUGCGUCUCGGGGAGACUGUCAAUUCCAUGCAAGUUGAAGUUAUUGGAAUAAAAAAGAGACCUAUAGCCAAGUCGAAGAAACGUAAGGGCAGGAAAAGGGCUAAGAAAAGCUCGGUGAAGCCUACUGAUGCAGAAGUCGUGAAGGAGUCUAUACAUAGAGACAUACCAUGGCCUGUUAAGAAAAAGACCUCACCACCUCCAGAAGUGCGUAUAAGUAAUCCACCACCGUUACCAUCGCCCGGAUCUCCAAAGAGAUUGAGAAGUGGGCUAGUCGGUAUGAAAAGUGUCAUAGAACGUCCAGACACUCCAUUCCCUCUCCCGAGCUACCCAACGGCUCCACUGGAUCUGCGGCAGGAGCCAGCUUGGGAACCUUCGUACCACAUGCCCAGUACCACAUAUAGAGAGCAUCCAUCGCCAUUUCUCAAGCCGCAAGAAGUUCCACCAGUGCGGCGGUCUGGAGUCCGCAUGCGUAUCGAUGGGGUCGUGGUCGUCAACCCGCCGUCUUCAAGCAUGCAGCAACCAGAACCGUACAGCCCUCGGAGCCUGCAGUACAGACAUGUUAGAGAUAGACCAAGUGUCUCCAGUGCUAUGGAUGCGUACUACAAUCCACAUGUGACUGAAUUUGGCAUACCGGAAUCUUCCUUCCAUCCGAUGCCCAUAAGGCCACGUACAAGCCCUCCAGUUUACGCGGAGCCAUACACUGCACGUCCAGCAUAUUACGAGCCUCUCCCUCCCCCUCCGCCCCCGCCGUAUUUUCAACCAAUCAAAUCUGAGGCAGUUUCAACUAUAUCUAAUUACGAAAUGCGUGUGACGCGAGCUCGAUAUAUUCGCGACAGAAUUGAAGUUGGGAGGCCGACAGCAGUGGAGACACCUCCUCACAUCAUCACCAACACGAUGCAGCCUAUAAACAGCGUAGCUAUGGCCCAACACACCAUUGUGAAAGAACAGAUUCACGUAGAAUCUGUGAUGGAACCGCGGCAGUCACCUCCGGUGGAACCAUACUUCAGAGUGCCUCAAGUAUCUGCGCUCUCAGUUACUCAGCUACCAGCUCCAUCCUUCACACAAAUUAAGCCUUCAACGGUUGCAUUUCUGGACAUUAACAGUAACGGCACCGCCAGCAACUGCGCCAGUCCAUCCACCUGCAGCCCUUCACAUCAUCAGCUCAAAGACGAGAGACCUUGCGUGCAAAACUACGGAAGCGAGGAAGAAUCAGAUGAGGCCGACGACGAUGCACCUGCCUCAGGCAAUCGAACACCAAAACAUCUCUAUGGCAUUAGUGCAGAUUCGCCCACCAUGGACGAAUUUUCUAUCGUGUACGACUGGGUACCGCCAAGUCCAAUUACUCAACAACCAACUCCAGAACCAACACCAGGUCCAGUUCUCAGGGGACCAGCUAGAAGAAGAAGGGAGACCGCGAGACGCGUCAAACAAUUUCUGCCAAAUGACUUGUUCCAAUUCAAUUGGAAGCCGUUACCGCAGUCAUCGUCUUCUAAUGCACGAAGAGAAGCGUUCUCUCAAAUCAAUAUUGGUCCCACAACGACGUACGACAGCACAUAUGAUUCGUUUGUAGCCAUUUGGGACAGAGAAUUUAUGGAAAGUAUUGCAGCAGAAACCAAUAGAUAUGCUGAACAGAUGAUGCGGAGGAUGGCAGAUGAAGGCACACUGAGCUUGGGAAGCCGAAUUUUGUUUUGGAAAGAAACUAAUGCUGAUGAACUGUACGUGUUCUUUGCAAUAAUAUUAGCUAUGGGGAUCGUAGUAAAGGCGCAAAUGGAAGAAUACUGGAGUACUGCCAAGGAUAUAUUUUCAACUCCCUCGUUUUCUACAACAAUGGCUUACAGCCGGUUUCUUCUUCUCAAUCGUUGUCUCCAUUUCAUGGACAAUGAAACUUGUGAUCCAAUCAACAUGACUCCUCCUCAAGCCAAAUUACUUAAAGUACAACUUCUUGUUGAUCACCUGAACAAGCGUUUUUCAGAACUGUACACACUUCAACAGAACAUUGUGAUUGACAAUUUAAUGUCUCAGACUAAACGUAACCCUUACAUGAAGGAAAAAGAUCACAAUAUAGUAAGUGGUGAAGCCUAUGAGGUCUGCGAGUGUCAGACGGGAUACUUGUGGAGAUUUGACGUCCGUACAGAAUACGAUACGUGCUCCCUUGAGGCACAGCGAGCGACAGGCGGACUGAUACCGACAGCUAUAUUAAAAUUGCUUGAUGGUCUUGAAAACAAAGGUUACACAGUCUGGAUGGAUAAAAACUCUCCGUCUCUUGCCAGGAUACUUAAAUCUAAAGGGUUUGACUGUGUAGGAAAGUUGAAGAUUGGUGAUCAAUAUGUGCCCGGUGAAAUAGCAGCACUGCAGCGGAGUGGUGUAGGUUUUGGUCAGAUAUCUGGUUAUACGUCUGGAGAUGUAGAUCUUAUUGUAAUAGGAGAUCAAAAACGAAUAGCCAUGGUAUCAACAUACCAUGGAACUGGAACGGUGAUCGACAGGAACAACGAUAAAGUUAAAUCGUCCAUUCUUUAUGAUUAUAACAUUUGUAUGGGUGGCAUUGAUAAGAAAGAUCAGAUCGAAGCCUCGUGCCCCGAUGAGAAGAGAUCGCAAAUAUGGUAUAAAAAAAUUUUUAAAAGGUUACUUAACCUUAGUGUAUUGAAUGCUUUUAUAAUGUAUAAGCAUACUCAUGAAAAGGAGACUCAGAGGGGAUUCCGCGUGAGUCUCAUAAAUUCGCUGCUUAAACAACAUCAGCAGUGGAAUGCUGUGAUUCCAACACCGGUAGUGUUCUCGUCAGAUGAAUUUGUACAUUACGCAGUGGAGAAUCGUUUCCUCCCGAGUGCUAAACAACGCAUGCGUCGUCACUGCGCGCACUGCUCCAAGCGCUGCACAUCAUCUUGCUUCGGAUGUAAGGUUCCAUUGUGCGUUUUCACAUGCUUCCAUCCAUUCCACACGCGAGAUCCAAACGGAACUGGAGAACCUGAAUCGGUUCCAUAA